ACGUAAUGAAGCUACAGUCCGACAGGGAACCACAAUUCCCAGGAUGCACUUCAAAAUACCGUGGCCACUGGACGGGGGAAGGGAAACUGAGAUUGGAGUGAGAAACAGUGAGAAACUGAGUUUUCAGAUAUUGUGUACAUAUGACAGCCGCUCCUCAGGACUCUGAACAUACAAGAACUCAUUCCUUGACCUGGUCAGCUUCACAUCUUCCUUUGGACGCGUGCCGCUGUUUCAUGUGAGGCUGAAGACAUAAUAGCACAUCACUGGAGCAAGUGAAUUAAACCGCAACUGUACUGGUACCUCUUGGUGCGUACUGGAUUUGUCUCUUGAGUGCCAAAGUAAUGAAGUGUCUCGGACGGGGAGAGCCCAGCCCUGAAAAGCAAUGUCAUUAUCCAGCUUCUGUGUACGUCUGAUGGGGCUGAGGAGCGGACCCAGUGGCCAAGAAGAUCUGCGGAGGAGAGGAAGGAGGCAGAUUUCCUGGAAACUUGUGCAUUGAUGGAUAGCAAUUUCUUCCUGUCAGCUCUUGCAGACAGAUACCUGCACAUUCCUGUCAGUGUACACACUCAAGGUUACACUUUAGAGUAGCUAAUAACACCACUGCCGUCACAACCACACAAUCAUCGCUAUUACACAGAAGAGAUGUGCACAAUAUGGACUUCUUCUGCCAGUGACAGUUUGGGGAAAUCAUACUAGUGGACUGUGGACGUUGAGUUCUCUAUGUAUAAAAAGGAGGAAAGCAUAAAUACUUGCCGUCACUACACAUGUGCACUACAGAAACCAUGGUGGUCCUUGCAUCAGCUCCUCAGCCCAUCUCAGUCCAUGACUACAGAAGCCUUUAGAGGCCAGGAUCAGGAACACGCUCGCCAGCCAACACACUCAUAUGCAAUGGAAGAAGACAUUGAUGUCACAUCCCACACUGAGGGUCUGAAUGGUUUGUCCCGGGAAUGUAAACCAUUAGAGGAUAUCAACAAUGGACACUCCAACCAUAAGCCUGUCAUGAACGGACUGAUUAUUAGUCAUAAUGUCAAAGACCACACCAACGGCAGCGCACCACUCAGAUCCCUGCCGAUUUCAGCACUGAAGCAGAAUGGUCUUCUACAGACUCUGGCAGCUGGAGGGGACCAGCCUCAGCCUGCAGGUAACACACACACACACACACACACAUACUCUCACACAACCUCUCUUUUGUCUCGCAUCCUCAUCCCACAGGAAUGUGAGACAGUGUAUCCUAGAUACCAGGCAGCAGCUGCAGUUGCUUCUGGAGGAAAAUGUGGAGUUGGAAAAGGCCAGACAGGAGUGGGAGGCUCUGGAGAACAUCCAACCAGCUCUCACUGAGGACUCGAACCCGACCCCGCUCAUCUCCUUCAAUGAAGCCUUGCAGUACUUCCAGACCACAGACCUCGGGGACUUGCUGAAGAACAUCCAGCCAACCAUUCGCAGGACGGGUCUGGCCGCGAUCACACACUUCCUCUUCGGACCUCCGCGGCUGCACAGGGAGCUCCUGGAGGAGAGGGAUCUGGUCUUUGCCAUCGCACAGUGCCAUGUGGACAACAGUCAAACAGUCCACAUGCGCGUCCUCCAGACCAUUUAUAAGAGGCUGAUUGGCAGCAGGCUGGACUGUCCUCGCUUUGGGACGCACUGGGAAAACAUCGGCUUUCAGGGUACAGACCCGGCCACUGACCUACGUGGCACUGGUUUCCUGGGACUGAUGCACACGCUGUACUUUGUGAUGGACCCGGAGACUCUACCGUUGGCUAGAGACAUCUACAAGUUAUCACAACACCCGACACAGAACUUUCCAUUCAGUGUGAUGUCAAUCAACAUGACCCGCAUCGCUCUGCAAGUACUCCGAGAGGAAGCCUUGUCCAAGGAGUGCAAUCGUCGUCAGCAAGUGGUCGGUGUGCUAAAUGAGUUCUACGUUGCCACGUAUCUGCACCUGUACCAACUGUGGAAGACCCAACAGAAGACCAUCAUGGACUCUGGCUUUGUACUAAAAGAAGUGGAGCUGUUUGCCAAAAAGAACCCCAAGCAGAUGCUGCGCCGACUAGAGGUCUUCCUGAAAGAGAGGCGUGCAGGUGGAAUUCCCCGUGGGACGUCACCAGACCCUCAGGCCCAACAGCCCUCUCCCAGCCUGGGGGCCAGAGCCAGGAUGGGACAGGGAAGCAAGGGAAAGGACAUGCACUUCACAGGAGUGUGUGAUCUACCGCCAGACAUGGAGGGAGAGGCCAGACUCAUCUAAGCUAGACUCUGUGUGAGUGUGUGCGUGUGUGAGCAAUCCUGUUUGUGAGUAUAUCUAUCACGGUAUGUGCGAGUGGCUUACUCUCAGAGAGCUAGAACCCCAUCAGUCCCCGAACUAGGACUAUCUGAACCUAUUCAAACACUUCUACUCCUUCCACUGACGCUGGGGUGCUGCACUUUGAUCAGAUUAAGCUUUCAGAGUUAUAUUUGAUUUCUUUUGUUAUUAAUGAUUAAUUUAUUUAGUUUUAAACCGAGAACAUAGAACAGUCAAAUAUAACGAGCAGGUCAGAAACACAAAGUGAUUGUUUGCAUUUUUAUGUGGAUUUAGUAGCCAAAUUGAUAGCUGCCAAAUUCUUGUGGUUGAACUCUACCUGCCUAGGAGUCCAAAACGUACACACUUGUGUCCCUUGGGGUCUCACAGUCAGGGUAUGUUAACAUUGCAGAGGGGGGAGCAUUAGAUCGAGCGGCUUCUUAACAGGCUUGGCGUUCUCUCUCACGCUCCGAGAUACAGCUCCAUCGCACGAGCAUGCUAACGGCUCAUAAUACAUACAGUUAAACGCUCCGUUAACUUUAUGGUGAUAAGAGAGAGUUGAACCGGUUUCGAGCCCUGCUGCAGAGCAAACAGAAUCAGGUUUCUUCUCUCAGCGUGAGGGGAGAGCGGCAGAUAGAAAACCCCCGGGGAGGUUACAGAAUCUUUUGAGCGGGGAGCAGAAAUUGCCAGUUUCUCAAAUAUGUCACACAGUAGACUUUGAACGCAGCUUGCUUUUUAAAGGUCCGAUCACGUUGCAUUCGCUAUUAGAGCGUGAAUGACAUACACGUCGUGUAAGAGAUGUGGUGGUAUAGCCAGUUGUAGGUGUACUCAUGGUGUCUGUUGCCAGGGGUCUGAUAGACUAGGUCCAGAGCCCCCACUUAAUAUGGGGGAAUAUAUUUUAAAUAAUUUUAAAAAAUAACUAUUUUAGUCCUUUCUGAAGGGACAGCUGUCAUAACUUCACAGUUAUGUUCAAGCACCACAGAACUUUGUUAUGAAACUUGAUGGCUGAGGUUUUUUUUUUUUUAAUAGUUAAAUUCCACCAGAACGUCUGAGAGUCUUCUCGUGGUUAAAGCCAAGGAGACACUUCGUAACAGAGUCUUUGUGCUUGUCUUGGUCCCGGCUGAAGUCGAAGGUCUGGUAUGAGCUUUCUCUACAUUCCGUUAUAAAGCAUGUGAUUGUAAUUUUUUUUGACCAGUUAAAAAUGUAUUCCAGUGUGUGUGUGUGUGUGUGUGUGUGUGUGCAAGUUUGUGUGCAAGCUUGUGUGUGAUCUGAAAUGAAUGAGCUGAUAUUGAUGAAGGGUGCCUCUCCUAGGAGAUGUAUGGUACAGUAUGCAAUCCCAGCUCUCACUCAAUGAUAAUCAAAACGAUAGUGCUGUGUGACGAUAGAAAUCGUUCCUAACUUCAGGGUUUUGUGCGUGUGUGUGUGUGUGUGUGUGUGUGUGUGUGUGUGUGUGUGUGUGGUAUGACAGGAACUGACUACAGAUGGGGUGCUUUCCUCUGCACACAAUAAGCCAGCUUUACUAAGUACUUGAUCCAUCAAGCUGCAAAGACGGUACUUUUGUCAUUUAAAAAAAUGGUACAUAACAUUUUCUGAGGGCGAGAUUUAUUCGGAAAACAAAGAACACAUUCUUUGGUUUGCUUUUUAAAGAAACAGAUGUUGGUUUUGAACACAGCUGGAGUCGGCGGCUCUGUGGCCUGGGAUGGGUAGAGCUCCUCAGCAAAGCUGGUUCCUGCUUUGUGCUAAUGUGAAACCGCCUCCCAUCGUUGUAGUCUCAAUCUGUAGCAUGUUCAGGUAGCACUAGUACUGUAGCAUCCUAUAGCCUCCUCCUCUUCGUAAAGCUUGUUGAUGUCAUGUCUCAGUUACAGUCCGUAGUGUCAAUGAGUGCGCAAACUGUUACUACUAUAGCACAUUUAUUACGUAUUUGCAUUAAGCCUCCUUCGGUAGACACACAUUUAGGUGGCGCAGCGUAUGUUUCUGAGAGUUGUUUGGGGCAUAGGCUUGACGUGUCAUUGAGCUCCACCUUGUCUUCUAAGAAGGUAACAGUAAAAACGGUGCCUACGUCCAGUGGAGCCAUGUGGAGUAGAUCGCUGUUUUUUUAUUUUUUUUCAUUUGAGCCACCGUGCCACAGUAGACUUCCUCCAUUCAUGUAACGCAGUAAACAGAGUUGAUGUGACCCCCCCCCCCCCCCCCAAGACAUGCAGGCCUAAUGGAUACAUACAUGAAAAUACACUAUCAUCCACUCAGAUAGUCGUACUUUUGCCAUCUCCGUUCUCCACCAUAUAACUUAAAAAAAAAAUGAGCUGAUGUAGUUUCGCCAAUUGUUUGCGAGUGUGUUGAUCGAACAGGAAAAAUUUGCACUGUUGUAGAUAUUUGAUAGUAUGUGUGAUGUAUGCAAGAGGAAACAGGCCAUCUUCAAUAGCCAUAACGUUCAUUAUCGCCCACCUCAUUAAACAGGCUUCGUGAAGUCCGACUCCCCUCCUUCCUCUUAAAAAUAAAUACAAAUAUUGCACCACGGAUAUGAUCUCACAUUUAGUUUUUAUUAAAUUUUAAACUGAGGAGAAGUACAGUGUAUGUAAAUCAGGAAGUUUGUAUAUAGAGAAUUAAUGAUUGUAACUGUAUGAUUGUCUGUAGGGCAUUAUACUGAAACACAUUGCUUACCUCAAGACUUGAGACAAAUCUCUCCUUUCUCUCUCCUGAUGUUUGUUUGGCCUCUCAGUCAGACUCUAUCUUUUUAUGUUUCCUUGUACCUAGGCCUUCUCUCAUACCAAUUGGACAUGUUAUAUAAUGUAUAUUCAACACCUGAAGCACUACGUAAUAGCAAACUAACAGAAAAGCUGGUCAAUGUUAUGUGUAUUCUAUUUAAAGACACAUUUAUAGACUCUAUAUAGGCCCACACGCGCUCAUCUGCAGAUGAUAACAUCCUUUUUGAAAUGAUCUAUAAUUGGCUGAUGUUUACCAUGUUUGAAAUAAGCUGGGUUUCUUGUGGCUUCAGUGAUAGUACAGUAUACUUUUGCUGUGUUUUAAGUGUUUGAUGUCCGGAAGACACUCAGAAACCAUCCAGUCUUUACAGCUACAGUCACAAACUGUUUCAAUAUGUGAUUGUAAAGAUAUAGGCUUGAUUAGCAGUCAUAAUACGGUGUAUGCUUUGACCUUGGUAUAUAUUCAGUAUCUAAACGAGGCCUGAUUUAUCCUCUCAUAUUACCAAAAGUUAUAUUUUCAGCGGUUGUAAUAGAUCAUAUUCGUAUGCGUUGAUCAUCGUUUGGAAUCUCCUCAGUUGUGAAACCAGAACCAAGAGAAAAGAACGGGGGAAAAACGGGUUCUUGCAGGAUGUCGGAUGCUCUGAGAGGUGUGGUGGGAAGUUCUGCUUCUACAGCAGCAGCUCAGCAAAUACAAUCACUUCUCUUAAUAUCCUGCGCUUUAUAUGAAGGUGUUUUACUGUUGCCGUCGUCGUCCUGUCCCUCAGAGCAUUUUAUGACUGUACCUUGAUUGUAGAAGCCCUAUUUUAUACUGAGAGUUAAUUCAGAAUACAGUAUGUGCUGUUGUACAUUAAAUGUAUUGUAUGGAGAAAGCUAAAUAAAUGCUGUUUAAAAACUAA